AUGCGCGUCAUCUCUCUGAUCAGCAGCCUUGCAGUGCUCGGCGCCACUGCUUCUGCAAAUCUUCAAGCGAGGGCCGAGCUGUCAGAGAGCCCAGAUCUCGAGAUCACAUCGCUGGUCAUCGACAAGGUGGAAGGCGGCAACUUGACGAUCUCCUUCCAACUGUACAACCCAGACACUCUGUCAGGCAACAACGCAACAUGCAACGGCACCUGGUUAUCAACAACAGAAGGCAACCCGCAAGAAGACUACGAGCUCUGCGGUGACACGAAGUUGGCCUGGGGCUUCGACGCCUACACUGAUGUCAACGACUUCAUCCUCAACAUCGAGGACCGCUUCACAGAUCCUGCAGUCGGCAAGCCACCAUACGACCAGGUAACAGUCUUCGGCGUCGUAACCUUCAACGACACCAACCUCGAGUGUGAAGCCAUGGGUGACGCCACCUGCAAGUCCAAGAAGGACACCGUCGUCGAAGCACCAAUCUAUGCAACCACCGCUUAG